AUGAUCUUCCGGCGAUGGCCAAGCCAGCUCUUCACCAUUACACGCAUUCCACCAUUCAUCAAAAUCCAGAGUCGGAAUCUCGUCAACGUGAAGUUCAAGUGGGUGAACGACCCCGUUCUCGACACCGCAGUCUCAAACGCCCUACACCUCAAGGCCGCCUCUACUCUCAUCUCGCUCAUCGCCUCCAACCCCGAUUUCGCCCUUCCGAUUUACUGCCUCUCCAGGUGCCGCGGCCAGCUCGGCCUCCCGCCUGACCUCAAACUCUCCACCUUCAUCCGCCGCUACCCCAACAUUUUCCGCGAAUUCUACCGCCCAGAUUCCAGCGGCACCCCUGUUCCCUGGUACGAGCUCACCCCCGAGGCCUCUGAAAUUCACCGUCUGGAAACCCGUUUGGUUUACAAUGACUGCUACGCGGAUAUCUUAAGCAGGCUGCAAAAACUGCUCAUGCUCACAAAACAGAGACUGCUCCCUUUACAGACCAUCGACCAGCUGAGAUGGGAUCUAGGGCUUCCGUACGAUUACGAGACCACGUUUCUCACCGAAAGGCCCGAUUUAUUCUCCUCGGUGAAACUCCCGGACGAGCGUGUCGGCGUGAAACUCCUGACGUGGGAAAAUCAUCUGGCCGUGUCGCAUUUGGAGUCGAAAGGCAGCGCCAGAAAUGGCAAGGCACUGGCUUUGGCUUUUCCCAUACGGUUCACGCGCGGUUUUGGGCUGAAAAGGAAAUGCAUGCAGUGGCUGGACGAGUGGCAGAAACUGCCCUACACGAGCCCAUACGCAGAUUGGUCCCAUCUCGACCCGCGGACUGAUGAGUCCGAGAAACGGGUGGUGGGCGUUUUUCACGAGCUACUGCACCUGACGGUGCUCGGGAGGACAGAGAGGCGGAACGUGAGCAAUUUGCGGGGCCCACUGGGAAUGCCCCAGAAGUUCACCAAGGUGUUUGAGAGGCAUCCCGGGAUUUUUUACCUGUCGAGAAAGGGUGGCGUGCAGACUGUGGUGCUGAGGGAGGCGUAUGGUCGAGAAGGGGUGAUGGUGGAGAGUCACCCUUUGGGGGAGAUUAGGGAGAAAUACGCGUGCAUGAUGAUAAAGGGGUUUUUGGACAGGAGCCGGGGGUUGUAUAGGAGGGAAAGGGGGAUUUGUGAGGGUGGUGGAGAGUGGUCUGCUGGAUUUGUUGAGUCGGAAAAUGAGAUGGAGCGUGAUUUGCUAUCAGAAUUACAUACAUUCUGGGUGAGAAAAUUGAAGAAAAAGAAACAAGAGAGGCAAGAAAUCAACGGUUUGUCAGGUGGUUGGAAAUGCAUAUAUGUUGGUCAUUCUUUUGUUUCCCAUUCUUCUUCCUUGCGGUAUGAUGAUGAAACGAAUCCGGUCUACAAGUUUGUGGAAGAAAAAAAGCAGUUAGCCCCUACAGUGGAGAUUAGCUUCUUUUAUAAUAAAUGUGGGAUGGACCAUGAAGGCAUCUUUGCUUUCCUCACAUCUUUCAGCAAAGAGAAUAGUUUCUCCAUUCGUCUAGCAAAAUCCUGA